UGACCAAAUUCAAAUGCUGUACAACGCUGAAUUUUCAGACUUUGAUGCUCUUGAACUAUCCAUGUCAUGUGAGGAUUCAGCGGUAGUUGCUAAGACCGAGGCGGGGACGCGCUUGGUACAUGGACACUACGUUGUUCCUCUCCCUUGGCGAGACGGUAGCGAAGUUCUAUCUAGUAACAGGGUCAUGGCCGAAAAAAGACUAGCGUACCUUAAACGUCGUCUACUGCGAGAUGGCGGACUUUUCUCCAAAUACACACAGUCAAUAAACUCGAUGCUGGAUAAGGGUUAUGCGGUUAGAGCUCCGGCGAAGACCGGACCUCGGUGCUGGUACCUACCUCAUCACGCGAUAGUUAACCCCAAGAAACCGGAGAAACUUAGAGUGGUUUUGGAUUGUGCGGCGAAAUUUCGAGGUCGGUCCCUAAAUGACCAACUCUGCCAGGGCCCCGACGUCACUGCGAACCUGACCAAAGUACUUACUCGGUUUCGGAAGAAUUUAGUGGCGUUAGCAGCAGACGUGGAAGAAAUGUACAUGCAGGUAAAGGUGCCGGAGGACGACCAAGGAGCACUGCGGUUUCUGUGGUGGCCAAAAGGCGACCUGUCUAGUGAACCUGUCGACUACCAGAUGACCGCCCACCCAUUCGGGGCGACGUCCUCGCCGUUUUGUGCCACUUAUGCCCUUCGCAAGACGGUGAGUGAUUUCGGUCAUUUAUACAACGCUACGGUAACGAAUGCAGUCACCAAUGGUUUCUACGUAGAUGACUGCCUGGUAUCAUUGAGUUCAGUAGAGGAAGCAGCGCAGUUUGCCCACGACAUAUGUGAACUGCUAGCCAAAGGGGGAUUCAGGCUGCGGAAAUGGAUCUCGAAUAAGACGAAGGCCCUAGAUUUGAUAUCCCCUACCGAGUGGGCACGAGCGCCUAAAGAACUCGUUGUUGGCUCACACUGCAAUGAUCGUACGCUUGGGCUCGAAUGGAACGCUGAGACAGAUCAGUUUUGGUUCCGAUUCAGCGUUCGCAACUGCCUGGCAACCCGACGGAGCAUCCUGUCAACUAUAUCAUCGAUGUUCGAUCCCCUCGGAUUAGUGUGUCCUUUGCUUCUACCAGCCAAGGUGCUUCUACAGAAAUUGUGUAGAAGAGGACUGGGUUGGGAUGACCCUCUCCAGCCGUCAGACGAGCAAGAGUGGAAGCAAUGGAUUAAUCACACUUUGUCUAUUGGCCAACUAUCGGUUCCUCGUUGUGUGCUGCGGAGCAUAGAGACCUCUGAGCAACGCGCACAGCUGCACAUUUUCAGCGAUGCCUCUGAAAUUGGGUAUGGUGUGGUCGCAUAUUUACGGCACACCUCUGCGUUGGGUCAGCCUUAUUGCUCUCUCUUGCUUGCAAAAUCCAGAGUUGCUCCAUUGAAGGCAACAUCUAUACCCCGGUUAGAACUUGGAGCGGCAGUGUUGGCAGCGAAAGUUAAUCAGAUACUCGCAGAUAGUCUGAGUAUGAGUCCACGAGAUACACGGUAUUGGACCGACUCGCAAAUCGUGCUGCACUACAUCUAUAAUAAGUCGACAAGAUUCAGUACAUUUGUCGCUAACCGAAUUGCCGCCAUACAACAGCUGUCGGAACCGACGCAAUGGAACCACGUUCGGUCGAAGGAUAACGCAGCAGACUUGACCUCGAGGGGAACCCUGAAGUUAAGCGAAUGGAGAGCGUGGGUAGGAGGACCGGAUUUUCUCCUACAAACCGACUGCUCCUGGGUACACGGGUAUACCCCAACGGAAAGCAUGGCAAAUGUGGAAUUAAAAAAGCCAAGUAGUUCCAUAAAUGCUACAUCAACAAACCCCGCGAACCCACUGCUGACGUAUUUUUCGAGUUGGGCCAAAUUACUGAAGGCAGUAGCUUGGUUGGUUCGUUUCAAAUGCUGGUUACUAUCCCGUCACAAUGCGCAUCGGGUAUAUGCUAGAGGUCCGCUGUUAGUUUCCGAGAUAGAAGAUGCCAGGAAAGACAUCCUGCGCAUGGUGCAACGCGAGACGUUCAGCAACGAACUGACAAACCUUAAAGCGUGCAGCAAUCAAUCGACCCACCUUAGUCACGCAUGGAAAAAACGAAACCCAAUCCGUCGCCUGUACCCAACUCUGAUCGAGGGAAUUAUCUGCGUCGGAGGGCGGUUGAACUACACAGACUACGAGGAGAGUUUGAAGCACCCUGCUAUCCUUCCCAGUAGGCACCCAGUUGUCGAGGCGCUGGUGCGUCAUUUCCACGUCUCAGAAGGCCACGGUGGAGUGCAUCACGUGCUAAGUGCGAUCCGCACCAAGUACUGGAUACUGCAUGGGGCUAAAACAGUGAAGCGAGUGGUCGGAAGCUGCAUCCGCUGCUGGAAGCGCACAGCCACUCCGUGCCAGCAACAGAUGGCACCAUUACCCUGUGCCAGGGCGGAAAUUGGUUGGUUUCCUUUCAAGAAUGUGGGUGUGGAUUACUUUGGCCCUAUUGUUGUAAAGCGAGGAAGGACUGUGGAAAAGCGCUUUGGGUGCAUAUUCAAUUGCCUGCAAACCAGGGCAGUGCACUUGGAAGCAGCCCACGACCUCUCGACUGAUGCAUUCAUUACGGCAUUCAUCCGUUUCGUCGGCAGACGGGGCUGCCCAUCAGAAGUAUAUAGUGACAACGGAACGAAUUUCGUCGGGGCGGUUAGGGAAUUACGUGAUGGUGUUAAAAAAUGGGAUCAAAAACGGAUUGACGGAGAGCUAUGCCUUCGUGGUGUGCAAUGGCAUUUCAAUCCACCAUUUGCAAGUCACAGGGGCGGGGUGUGGGAAAGAAUUAUCCGCUCUGUAAGGAAAAUAUUGCACGGCGUAUGCAACGAGCAACGCCUUACUGAUGACUCCCUAGCCACUGUAUUCGUCGAGGUAGAACGGAUUCUAAACAAUCGCCCGCUAGUUCCACCCACCUCCGAUAGCCAAGAUGCUCCUCCAUUAACCCCGAACAGCCUACUUCUCAUACGAUGCGAAACCUUGCAGCUACCAGACAUCGACAUCAGAGACAGGUAUACUAAGCGCUGGAAGCAAGUAGCCCACGUAGCCACGGGAUUCUGGAAGAGAUGGUUAAAAGAAUACAUAACAACAUUACAAUCUCGACAGAAGUGGCAGCUUCCGACCAAGUCUGUAGAAAAAGACGAAUUAGUGUUGGUGGCUUCCGAGAAACUACCAAGGGGUUGUUGGCCGCUGGGUCGAGUCGUGAGUUGUGAAGCCAGCAAUGACGGUUUAGUAAGGACGGUGUACAUUAGAACGAACUCAGGUAUAGUAAAAAGAGAUGUCAGGAAGGUGUGCCGCCUGGAGGGCGAUGAAUAGCAGCGCUUAAGUCUGGCUUGGAGUGCAGGGUGGUAGUCAUGGAAAACGGCUUUCACCCAAGCGCUUCGAUGCCCACAGACGCCCACGAACGGCGCUUGGUGGGAGUCAUGGAAAACGGCUCCUGCCAAGACGCUCUUGUGUGGUUGUGUUGCUUUCCCUUCUGCUUUUCUAAGGAGCGCUACUGUAGGCAGUUGUAGGACCGAGAGCCAGAGUAGAGUCGGGGACGUACGAGACGUCAAUCGCAGAAGAAUUUCGGAGGCAGUGUAACGCACUUAUUUACCCAUGAAAUUCUUCUACUCUUCGCUUCGUGGUCUAGUCUGCACAGCUUGGCCGGUCGUUGAUGGAUAUCGACCAGCGUUCACGUGUGCCUCCUUACAUUCCCAUUGUUAGCGUUGUAUGUGUGUCUGUGUGUGCAUGCUAAUCACCGGCACUGGUUCCGUGCGUGUGCGUCUACCGACGACCUUGGAUCUCCAAUACUACUCUUCGCCGAACAGGACACGUUCAGCCCGGACAUGUCUCGCACCCCUCCCCCAUUCACUGGUCGCUUGUCCAAACACCAUGUUAUGCAUGCCAUUAAUGCUCUCACCCUGUGAUUGGACUAUUCCUUGAUUGGUCAAAACCAUUAGUCUUAAUGCUCGUACCACUCAGGUGCGGUGAUUUGUACCCUUGAUUUGUCCGGCGUAGACAACGCCUCCCUCCUAUUGUUUACUGACCGUGUUGUCGACUUGCAUAUACCGGGAUACUGAACAAUUGAAGUAUGUCACAAUUAACAACUGUAUAUAUUUUAAUAGUACCGUAGUAAUUGU